GUUAAGUUAUGUUUGGCAUUUUCACAUAAAUGGUGAUAUUGACUUGAAGAGAGGUUUUAUAGUAAAAAUGUCUGCAAGCGACGCGCACGUGUCAGAAUAUUCGCCGGAUGGGAAGUUAUUUGCUAAUAUUGAUGUCCAAGGUAUCCUGCGAAUUUUCGAUACGGAUACUAGUGAAUUAAAACAAGAGUAUACACCAAAUCUCCAUUUAUCUGGACCAUGUUCAGCUCUUUUAUGGAUUGUGACUUUCACGUCGGUGGAGAGAAAGAGUAAGAAAGCACGUACAUCAUUAAAUGGUGCGGGAGCACUGUAUAUUGCUUUGGGCACAACUAAGGGGCUAGUGUCACUUUAUUCAUAUGCUGAAGCCAAGGUCGAACGCUGUCUUAAAGGUGAUGGCCACGCUGGACGUAUAACUGCGUUAGAACAAGGCGAUCUCGGUAAACUGUUUUCGUGUGGUGAAGACUGUAAAGUGAUAGAAUGGUCUUUGACUAGCGAAAAGCAAUUAUUAUCUUGGUCAGUAGGACCUGAAAAACCUUCCAGCUUAGCAUAUAUGAGUGCUUCUAAAAGUUUGGUGGUGGGAUCAAGGCAAAUUAAAGUGUUUUCUGUCGAGACAAGAGAACUAUUGCAAACGUUCACCGGACAUACCUCCGAAGUCAAUUUAAUGCGCAAAUUUGUUUUUGAAGAAAAUAAGGAAUACGCAGUCACAGCUUCUCGUAUGGAACGUAUAACCUGUUUAUGGGAAAUUGGUGGACAGGGGAAGAACUGCCCACCUUUUUGCGCGUUACUUAUGGAGGAUGUAGCGUAUUGUCUUACUUGCCAAAUGGAUGAAGAAAGCAACGCUCUUCAAAUUGCCAGCGUCACAAGAAGUGGAGUUAUACAUAUUUACCUAAUUGAAAUAAAGAGUGUUAGAGCGGAGAAGCCGAUUAAACCUAAAUUAACUAUUAGCGUAGCAUCGGAUAGCACCACAGUAAUAGAACCAAUAUCCGUUAUAGCAGCAACUUUUCAACAUUCUCAGCGACCUAACGAAAUAUUAUUUAAUUAUGGUGAUAGACAUUUUAUGCUUUUUGAACAUUUGAAACCAAAUUUUGGCGAGAAAAUGCAAGUGUUGAUAAGGACGAAACCAAGAAAUUUAAUAAAACAGAUCUCUGGUACAAAAGCGAAGGGGACAGAUGCUGCGCUUAAGAUAUUGAAUCCCAUUAUCGAUGACCGACAAGUCGACCAUAAAUCUUCUGUAACUUUGGGAAAAAGGAAUAAGAAAUCUGCAGAUUUGUCCUUGGAAUCGCGGCUACAAAAUUUAAACUUAGAUAUACGAGAAAAUAAAACAGCACCACAGGCUGAAUGUAAAGUACAUUUAUUACUGCAGUCAUUACAUAGUAAAGAUGCUGUAUUGUUAAGAAGUGUUUUGUGCACAAAUGACGUCAAAACGAUACAAUUAACUGUACAAAAGCUACCAACACGAUACAUAGGAACGUUGAUUGAUGAGCUGACGUUGCUCAUGCAUCAAAAGCACGUAAACGUAGAGUUCGCUAUGAAUUGGUUAAAGAUUUUAGCUCAAACUCACUCGAGCCAAUUGAUGGCUUUAGGAGCAGAGGAAUUGCUAAACAAAUUUGGACCUUGUAUUGGUAUUAUUGAGCACCGAACCAAUUGUUUGAAGGAGCUGUCCAAAUUAAAUGGGCGUUUGCAAUUGUUGGUUAAUCAACUAAAACGAGAUACUGACACUGAGCCGAACGAUUUUCAUAGUGAAAAUCUUUUGGUUUAUGAAGAUGAUGACUCAUCAAAUUCUGAAAUGGAAAAUGCUGGAGGAAAGAGUGAUUCCGACGACGCGUGGGAAGAGGAUAAUGUUGAAGAAAAUAAAGGAACAAUGGAUCAAAAUAACGAUGACGAUGAGAACAUGGAAAUGUGAACUAAGUACUGAGUUCCCGCCAUCACUUAGUUCAAGUAAAUAUUUCAUAGCAAUUUUUAUUCAACAAGUCUAUUUACUUUUAGAAUAUAUUUAAUU